ACUUCAAAACAUUCUCUAAUAAUAGUGUCUGAAACAAUUCUAAUGGACACUAUAGUUGGAUCACUUGACACGUGUAAACCGGAGAACGGCGACGUCAUCAGACCCAACGGUCCCGUUCGAUCCGCACCACGCUCCGUCGUCAGCGACUCUUCCAGCGCAACUCUCGGUCGACAUUUAGCUCAUCGUCUCGUCGAGAUCGGCGUCAACGAUGUCUUCUCAGUUCCCGGCGACUUCAAUCUCGCGUUGCUUGACCAUCUCAUAGCCGAGCCGGGUCUCAAUCUCAUUGGCUGCUGCAACGAGCUUAACGCUGGCUACGCGGCAGAUGGCUACGCUAGAUCACGCGGUGUUGGCGCUUGUGUUGUCACUUUCACCGUAGGAGGACUCAGCGUCAUAAACGCUAUUGCGGGAGCUUACAGCGAGAAUCUGCCGUUGAUAUGUAUCGUCGGAGGUCCGAACUCAAACGACUACGGUACUAACAGGAUUCUUCAUCACACCAUUGGCUUGUCUGAUUUCAGACAAGAACUUACAUGUUUCGAGGCUGUGACUUGCUAUCAGGCUGUGGUGAAUAACUUGGAAGACGCACAUGAACAGAUAGACAAGGCUGUAUCGAUGGCUUUGAGUGAAAGCAAACCUGUGUACAUCAGCAUCAGCUGCAACUUGGCUGCAACUCCUCAUCCUACAUUCAGAAGCGACCCCGUCCCAUUUUCUCUUUCAACAAAAUCGAGCAACAAGAUGAGUCUAGAAGCAGCUGUGGAAGCAACCGUGGAGUUUCUCAACAAGGCUGUUAAACCCGUCUUGGUUGGUGGUCCAAAGAUGCGUAUGGCCAAAGCUUCUAAAGCUUUGGUCGAGCUAGCAGACGCUUCUGGCUACCCUUUAGCCGUGAUGCCAUCUGCAAAGGGUCUAGUUCCCGAGGACCACCCUCACUUCAUAGGCACCUAUUGGGGAGCUGUAAGCUCACCUUUUUGCGCAGAGAUUGUUGAAUCAGCAGACGCAUAUCUAUUCGCGGGACCAAUCUUUAACGACUACGCCUCAGUAGGCUACUCUCUUCUCAUCAAGAAGGAGAAAGCAAUCAUCAUACAUCCUGAUCGAGUCACCGUAGCCAACGGUCCAACCUUCGGAUGCGUCCUAAUGAGCGACUUCAUGACCGAGCUGGCCAAACGUGUGAAACGGAACGAGACAGCUUACGAGAACUACCACAGGAUCUUUCUCACUCAAGGGAAACCGUUAAAGUCCCAACCAAAGGAGCCUUUACGAGUCAACACAAUGUUCCAACACGUUCAAACGAUGCUGUCUAGCGAAACCGCGGUGAUAGCGGAGACUGGUGACUCUUGGUUCAACUGCCAGAAACUAAAGCUGCCUAGAGGAUGCGGCUACGAGUUCCAGAUGCAGUACGGAUCAAUCGGGUGGUCGGUGGGAGCUACGUUAGGAUACGCUCAAGCUCAACCCGAGAAACGAGUGUUAGCGUUUAUUGGAGAUGGAAGCUUUCAAGUGACGGCUCAGGAGGUUUCAACGAUGAUACGAAACGAGCAGAAGAGCAUUAUCUUCCUUGUAAAUAACGGUGGCUAUACCAUUGAGGUUGAGAUCCAUGAUGGACCUUAUAACGUGAUUAAAAAUUGGAACUAUACUGGGUUUGUUGAUGCGAUACAUAACGGUAAAGGUACAUGUUGGACUACUAAGGUCACAUGCGAAGAGGAGCUAGUAGAGGCUAUUACGAUAGCGAGUGAGGCUAAGAAGGAUUGUUUAUGUUUCAUUGAAGUGAUUCUUCAUAAGGAUGAUACGAGCAAGGAGUUGCUUGAGUGGGGUUCACGUGUUUCAGCUGCCAAUAGUCGUCCCCCGAAUCAUGACUAGACAACAACACAAGGCCUAAUAUCAGAAAAUCUAUAGGUUAUUCAAAUUAAUUACUUUGUAGCUAAGUUAGGUUAUUACUCCAUCCGUUUUAAAAAAAUAAGUAUGUUUUAGAGUUUUCAUAGUAAAAAGAACAUUUUAAAUUUUAAUUAUAAAUGUAUUGGUUUUUGUAAUUAACAAUUUCAUAAUGCCAAUAAAAAUACAAUACCAAC